AUGGAAAGUCGGGCCACUACAACAGAAUCGAAGCAUACCUAUCCAACGUCUCCUUGGAUUCAAACACCCACGAUAGCGUCGUCGACCUCGGCCUCCUACUUCUCCGACGCCUCCUCCCGCGCCCCGGCCCAGCUAGACUUCUGGCCCCUUCUCUUCCCCCAGCAAGCCUCCGUAUACCAGGCGCAGUUGCUGCACUACACCAAUCUCGUCUCUCCCGGACGAGGAGGCGGCUUGCAACAACCCCAAGCGCUUCCUCAGACGACGGUGGCCACCCCUCAGGUCCAGGCGGCCCCGCGGUCCCGAUCCUCCUCCAAGGUGUCGAACAAGGACAACCCCACGACCAAGGGCACCCAAGGAGGCCAUGGGAAUAGAGCCGUGCAGAACAAAGACAAAGGCGACCGCGCUGUCAUAACAGGCAAGGACGCUCCGCCCAAGAUGCAGCAGCAGUCAUCCCAACAACCGGAGCUUUCACAUCCCCUCCCCGCUCGUCCUGCGGCCCGGACCGGUAAUGGACAGUCUCACUCCAACUCGAUGCCCUCUACUCCUCAACAACAUGCUAGAAACUUCUCUUUCGAGUCGCGAGAGCCAUCGCCCACUGCCACAAACAACCACUCCCCUCGCUCUGCUUACUCCGAGACGAAUAGCAACCUCCCCUCCCUACGGCCUCUGCCCCCGCGACUCAUGGGUGGUUGCCAGUAUGAGACUUCACAGAUGAACUCGAAAAGGAGAAUGCCCUAUAGCAUAGGGAGCGACAAGCUGGAGCGGAUAAGUCUUGACAAGAUCAAGAGCAAGUUGUCAGAAGACGAAGAACGAAAGUUGACCACAGACAUGCGCGAAUUGUACGACCGGUUAACGCCGACCGAGAAAGUCGAGGAGAACCGCCAAAAGCUUGUUGUCAAGCUGGAGAGGAUAUUCAACGAGGAAUGGCCUGGAAACGACAUUCGCGUUCAUCUCUUCGGCUCAUCUGGCAACUUGCUGUGCUCGGACGACUCGGACGGUUUUCGACAUAUGCAUCACGACGCCGUGGAAGGAAUUGGAAGGGGUCUGCAUAAUCGCGGACCUGCUGGCGCGAAGUAUGUCGUAUGCUCCCUGAUUCCCCAUCAUUCGCUAAUCAACCAAACCCAAACAGAGGGCAUGAAGAAGGUCGUCUGCAUCUCCGCCGCGAAAGUGCCCAUCGUCAAGAUUUGGGAUCCCGAACUCGGCCUCGCAUGCGAUAUGAAUGUGAACAACACCUUGGCGUUGGAGAACACGAGGAUGGUCCGGACAUAUGUGGAAAUAGAUCCACGUGUGCGGCCGUUGGCCAUGAUCGUCAAGUACUGGACGCGUCAGAGGAUUGUGAACGAUGCGGCCUUUGGUGGCACCCUCAGUUCUUACACAUGGAUCUGUCUGAUCAUCGGAUUUCUGCAACUUCGUGACCCUCCGAUUCUUCCCUCGCUUCACCAGCGACAGCACCAACGACUACCUAAGAGAGGCGGGCCAGAAAGCGCGUUUGCGGACGACUUGGACAAGUUACGUGGGUUCGGCGACAAGAACAAGGCCUCGCUUGGCGAACUUCUUUUUCAGUUCUUCCGCUUUUACGCGCACGAGUUCGACUAUGACAAGAAUGCCAUUUCGAUCCGUCUCGGGCGAAAAGUGACAAAGCAGGAGAAGGGAUGGCACAUCGGCAUUAAUAACCAUUUGUGCGUGGAGGAGCCAUUCAACACUAUUCGCAACUUGGGCAACACUGCGGAUGAGUAUUCGUUCCGCGGGCUUCAUCUGGAGUUGCGGCGAGCUUUCAACCUGAUCUCGGAAGGGAAGCUGGAUGAAUGCUGCGAGAAGUAUGUCUACCCCAAGGAAGAAACACCGACGUUCCAACGACCACCGACACAAGCGCGACCCGUAAUGAUCCGCAGUUCUUCCCAGCAGAACUCUGGAAGAGGGGGACGCGGGAACUACCGAGGCGGACGGCACUCGAACAACUUCCAUCGGAACACGAACUCGAACCGGAGGGCUUCUUCAAGCGUGGCCUAUGAUACUAACACCAUGUACAUGCCUUCGGUGGCCAUGACUCCCCAGGAACUCGCAUGGUACGCGCAGCAGGCCCAGUCACAUCAGCAAUACCCCGCGCUUGUAGGUGCAGCCAUGGCCGCCCAGUUACAGCAAGAAAAUAACAUUCGGUUCCAGCUCUACACUCAAUCCCAGGUUUAUCAGCAAGUCCAGGCUCAGAUGGCUGCCCAAAUGCAUGCUGCCCAAAGGAUGCAGAGCUCGUCUUCGACAACGCAGCAGGGCUCGGAACGUCCUAGGACCAACUCGUUCGACAACCCCCCACUCAGUGCUCCUAUCGCCGGCCCUCAGGAUUGGUACAGCGUGUACGGCGUUCCGAUGGCCGCUGCCUACUACGGCCAGUCUGGGUUUGCUUACCCGUCGUCGCCGGCCACUACGGCAACGACUACUCCAGAGUACCGCAGAGGACUUCAGAGAUCGUCGGCGACGACAGAGUCUGGCGCUUCGACUUCUGGAAGCUCGCUGAGAUCGCAGUCGCAACCGGCUUCACGUUCCGCUCCUACGGGACAGCAGACUCAAGGCUAUCCUGGAACAGUACGCCGACGAACAGUAGUGCGAAUCCUGCACGACAGGUGA